UAAUUUGCAAACAGUUAUUUUGCCGAUUUAUGCACAUUGUUAUUAUUAUAGAUAAAUUUUUGCUGCGUCUUGUGUUUUUUCCUUAAAAAAAGGACGCCAAAAGGAUUUAACUUUUUAUUGCUAUAUAAUAAUGGAAUCUUCAAAUUCAUCUUCAUCCGAUAAGGAAACAACAAUAAUUUUCGAAAACAAUCAACAUGCAACAAGUAUUACUGAAAAGUUGAAAAUUUUCUAUGAAGAAGAGAAAUUCUUCGAUGUUGUUCUCUUGGCUGGUCAAGAUUCUAUCAAAAUUCGAGCUCACAAAAUGAUUUUGUCAGCUUUUAGUGAGUAUUUUUUGGAAAUAUUUCAAAACAUCUCCACGAUUUCAAAGAUCAACGAAGUAAAUGUUAAAGAAAUCGAAUCUUCGACUUUUAAAUUGAUUAUAAAUUACAUGUGUUCGGGUUCAAUUGAACUGAGUCUUGAAAAGAUUGAGACUAUUUUGAGAGGUGCAGUAUUUCUUAAAAUGAAACACCUUGUUGAUGGGUGCUGUGAUUUUAUGCAAAAAAAUUUAAAUAAUGGUAAUUGUUUGCAAUGGCUGCGAUUGGCAAAAGAACUGAGUUUAUCUGAACUCAUACAAAAAUCAUUUAACUUUAUUUAUUCGCAUUUUAAAGAAGUAACUGAAGGAAAUGAGUUUUUGCUUUUGAAUGAAAUUGAACUCAAAGAUAUUCUUUUUCACAACAAUUCUUAUAAAGACUUGGAGGAGCGAGUAUUUCUCGGAUUGAUUGCUUGGAUUGAACAUGAAAAAUCUGAGCGACAACAUCUUUUAUUUGAAUUGCUCUCGUUGGUUCGCUAUCAGUUUCUUACACCAAAAUUUAUUAUCGAAAACAUCAAUUCGGUAAGUGAAAAUAUUGAGAACUAUAAAUUGAUUCAUCGUUGGCUUCGAUUCCAUUUGUCGCCGGCGACUAGGACAGAAGAAGAGAAAAAAAUAAAUUUUGUUUAUAAAACAAGCACUGGACUAAAUUUAAACUCAAAAGUCAGUGAAUUUGCAGUGAUUCAUUUAAACGAAGCUUAUGAAGCUGAGAUAAGAAGCUACAAUCAAACAUCGCAGAAAUGGUCUUUGGAAAAACGAUCAAUGCCUCUUUCAGCAAAAAAAAGGAUAUAUAGCUCGAUUGUAAUUGAUGAAAAACUAUUUUUCGUUGGAGGGUUAUUCAAUGGAGAAACAAAGAAAAGUGUUGAAUGUUUAGAUUUGAAAACUUUAAAUUGGUCUGAGUUGCCUCUGAUGCGAGUUGCUAGACUGGACAGUCAGUUGGCAAAUUUAAAUGGACAUUUAUGUGCCUUCGGUGGCUAUGAGGACUGGGAUCGUAAAAAGUUUAUUGAUUCGGCGGAGAUUUUCAAUUUCUCUACAAAAAAAUGGACUGAUUUGCAACCACUUCUUAAGCCAAAUGCAAGACAAAGAAUUGUUGGUCAUAACGGUAUUUUGUACAUUUUUGAUUUUCAUUACGGCUGUUUGCAAUGUUAUGAUGUCUCCACCGAUCAAUGGACUUCAAAAAAACUACCCAUCGAUGAUGUUAAAGAAGAAUUUCGUACUACUGGGGUCGAUAAUUUCUUGUAUUGUAUUAUUGGUGGAAAAUUAGAAUCAAACAAGCAAUGGAUUUGCUAUAAGAAGCUUACAAUUAAACGAUAUGAUUUAACUAACGAUACCUGGUGUGAGGUGGAUGUUUUACAAAAAGAUGGAUACAUUGGACAAAUGGUCACAAUUAUUGGAAAUAAAAUUUUGUUUAUCAACGGAAAUCACAAUAUCACAGAGUAUGAUCUUGGAACUAAAAAAAUAAUUGAUAUCUCUGCAUCGGCAUGUUAUUAUUAUCGUGCUUAUAUUUUUCCUUUAAAAUUAUGUUUUGAAUAAGUUAUUAUUUCGAUACACUGAAAAUAAUUUUGUUUGUUUAUGUGUUUUUUUUUUUUUUUAAUCAAUGAAUUUGUCUACAUACGUUAUUUUUUGUUAAAAUAAAUAAUAUAAACUUUGAAA